CAUUGGCACAUUCAAGUCCAGCUAGUGCACAAAAAGUAGCCCUAACGUAUCCAUUUUUAACGUAUCCCAAGGUCACAUCUCUGCAUCUCUUUUUCCUCUCCUCUCACUCGCAUCUCUUUAUCCUGUACUCGCACCCGCACACAGUCUCCGCUCUCCACCGUCUCCAUUCAGAUACGAAACCAAGAAUCUUGUUGAUGAUGGGUAGGUAUUAAGAUCGGCAAGAAAUUCGACUAUCCACCACUAUUGCUUCAAGCAAGCUAGUUUCGCAAAUAAUAUGGGAAGGAGACAUAUGUCGUUGCGACAUCCGGGAAGCUUAAACACAAUUACACCCUGUGCCGCAUGUAAGCUUCUUAGAAGAAGGUGUGCUCAAGAAUGUCCCUUCUCUCCUUAUUUCUCCCCACAUGAACCCCAAAAGUUUGCUUCUGUUCACAAAGUCUUUGGCGCAAGUAAUGUUUCUAAGUUGCUUUUGGAGGUACCAGAGAAUCAAAGAGCCGAUGCUGCAAACAGUUUGGUUUAUGAGGCUAAUGUUAGGUUAAGAGAUCCGGUUUAUGGUUGCAUGGGUGCAAUUUCAGCUUUGCAGCAACAAAUUCAAUCUUUGCAAGUUGAACUCAGCGCAGUAAAGGAUGAGAUCUUAAGAUACAACAAAUAUUACACAGCGACUAGGAAAACUACUGGUGUACUACCCACUCAUGUUGGUGACUUCAUUUCUUCAGGAGCUGCCGUAUCUGUCAUAAACACUGCACCAUUGCCCAUACCUACGUCACAGUCGCAGCUGCUACAACAACCAACAUCUGCUCCUACAACGACUUCAUCCUCAUCUAAUUCCAUGUACACAGUAACGACAUCUACUGCUACCAAUUAUAGCACUCUUUCGACGGAUAACGUAUCCUACUUUGGUUAAAACGAUCAUUUAGUUCCUACGAAGCUACUCAUUGACAUUUUUUAUAUUUUCGUUUCAGCCAUCUAUAGCACACUAUUUUUUUGUGGUGUAAACAACACUAUAAGAAAUAUGUUUGUUAUCACGGA